CCCUUUCACACAAUUUGACUUCAGCAUCCUCUCCAGCCAUACCACCGUGACCAACCCUAGCUCCCUCAUCCCAGUUUCGGAGCCUCCAGCCGUCUCCUCCAUGAAGAAAUCUGGAUGCCAGCUCGGUUUCCCCCCGGCUGCCUGAACUGUCGUGCAUCACUCCACCGCUCACUGCUCUGUUGCUCGCUGCCCGAGUUCUCCACCCUGAUGCCGAUGUCGACCCUUCUUUGUGGGCUGCUCGAGCUGGCUCGUACUCCUUCAUCUGACGAAAUCGGCCCUCCUUCGUGUGAACUGGUGGGAUUUUGCCAUGCGCCCCUCCCUUCCUUCCCACCCUCCCAGGGUUCAUUGUACAAGCUCUGACCCGCAGCUUCGUCAAACCUGAACUCGAAUGUCCAAUGCUCAGUGGUCAGCCCAGGACGCAAGAGGGGAGUCCAGCACAAUACAAAAUACCCACACCCUUCACAUCUGGCUCCUACGAGGGGAGGGGCAGGCUACGCUGAUCGCCUAACCAGAAGCCAUACUGCGGAAAAUAAGAAGACUGCCCGAAGCCUUCCUCACUCCAUCGGUCUGUCAGGUCAGUCGUCUCGCUGCGAGGGCAAUUCUCUCGUGUCCCGGACAUUUCAGACGCACAUCGGGCGCAAACAGCAAGCAAACGCUUAAUGUAUGGUGACACGAUCGCUCUUCCCUGGACUGGUUGAAUCGAGAUCAGCCGGUUUUCUGCGGCGGUGUUGCUACUUCCUCCUGUUCCGCAUCCUGGCCCCUCCAUCUUCAGACCCGGGUCGUCGGUUUCACGAACUUUGUGAAGCAAACGCUGUGGGCGGCCAUUUUCUGGUCCGGCCCGGCCACAACUCGUCGAGGCAUAUACCAGUAAAGCAUGGGCGACAGUCAAUCGCAAACAUCCAACGACUUCGUCCCUCCAAACUUCGAAGCCCACAUACGCCCAUCCAACGUGGUAUCAAUGAAUCCCGAUCUUCCUCCUUGGAGGACAAGGGUGCAAGAAUUUGGUCGAGAAUAUGGGGCCUACAGACUUGGACAAUACUUGUUGCCCCACGACGAAGCAGAGACAAGAAGGAUGGAUAUGGUACACACCUUGCUCAAGGUCAUCAGACCCAAGGCUCGACGGCUCACCGAAGUCCCACACGAAAUUCUCCAGAUUCGCACAGAUGGGUGGGACGAUCGACCUCGUCGGCCUCGCGUCCUUGACUUGGGUUGCGGCACCGGCGUCUGGGUCAUAGAGAUGUCGACCGCUUUCAAGGACGCUGAAUUCAGAGGCGUCGACAUAUUUUUCCAAGGGCCGCCGAAUCCCAGUGACUCAGUCGAUUACACCGUCCCUUGGGAUUACGAGGGACCAUGGGCUUUGGGAGAAGCGUCAUGGGACCUUAUCCACCUUGGGAUGGGCUUGGGCAGCGUUUCGAACUGGGACUCACUCUUUCAGAAGAUUCUCGUCCAUCUCGUUCCCGGAGGGUACUUUGAAUGGGUCGAGUUCGACUUCGAGCCUCGAUGUGACGACGGUACGUUACAGCAGGGAAAGCUGAAAGAGUGGUGGGAACUCUACAUCAAGACUACCUUUGAAGCAGCCGGUCGUCGUCUUCAUUGGGACCCAACGGUGGACGACACCUUGAGGCGCAUAGGGUUCAGGGAUCUCAGCCACGUUGUAUUCCAGAUUCCCUUGAAUACAUGGGGCAAGCCUGACGACUACAUGGGACGCAUGUCGCGAUGGUGGCACACAAUGAUGGGCCCGGACCAUGACGGCGGCGGUGCCCACGGACUCGAGGCUCUCACUCUUGCGCCUAUGUGCAGAUUCCACGGUUGGCGUGCUGAUCACGUCCAACGCCUUUGCGCCGAAGCACUAGCCCAGGCUGCGGAUACCGAUGUCCAUGUCUACAACCAAAUCCAUAUCAUCACGGCCAGAGCACCUCGCCUAAACGAAUCAUAACCCCCGACCGCCAUGUUCUGGAAGGAUCUCCGAGUCUUUCUGCACCUAUACGCGAUGCGUCUCGCUUUGGACAUACAGUACGAGCAAGAACCGUCGCCAUGCUUGGAGUCCUUGAAGGAGCAAAAUGAGGAUAAAGUGAUGGAGAACGAAUGUUCAUAUAAUUCUGCAGCUUACAAGCCGUUCGGUUAGCGCCUGUGUGCUUUGGGGUGCGCAUAUAAUCCUGGCAAGAAUUUUCCCCUGCUCGCACUUCUGAUCAUGAUUGUGCCAAACCCUGGGCCAGACCUUGUGAUGUACAGUAUUUUAUAUGAUCUCCGGAUAAUAAGUAUGGUUUGACGAGCGCUGUGCUUCUCCAGGACUCCACUUUCACGUCGCGUUUCCCGGUCCUCUAAAUCGCGAUGAUAAUGCGCCAAAAAGGUGUGAUCACCACGACGGCGGCCGUUGACAAGCAGGGAAAGAAACA